AUGCGCUUUCGAACCCAAUUGACCAACAUCACCACCUUCACCAAACUAACCGCCUCCCUCUCCUCCCUGGGAAAAGUCUGCUGGCUACGUCUCGAAGAUGCCGCCGUCCGAUUCACCAUCAUCCCCGACCAGGGCACCCAGGUCUGGGCCCAGCUUCCAGUCGACGCCAUCUUCGAAGAAUCUACCUACACCCUCCAAUCCAACUCGGGCGUAAUCAACCUCGAGGUCCCCGUCGGCGCCCUCCACCGCGCCCUCCGCUCUGCCGCCGCCGCCACCUCCGCCCAACUCCGUCUCACAAAAAAGGGCAACGUGCCUCUCCUCGCGCUGACCGUUCUUGCCUCCUCCUGGACCACGGGCUCGAAUGCGCUGGGCAUCGCCGACCCCACCACCGGGUCUGACACAACAGCGGCGGCAAACGGCCCCCGCGAACGCGAGACCGUCAUCUCGCAGGAAAUCCCCGUCAAGGUACUCCACGAGUCGGCCGUGGAGGGGCUGCACGAGCCGCGGUGCCGCGACCCAGACGUUCACAUCAUCCUGCCCAGUCUGAUCCAGCUGAAGAGCAUCUCGGAGCGGUUUACGAAGCUGGCGGCGGAUGCGAAGGGCGCGGGGGCUGGAGCUGGAGCUGGAGCCGGGGCGGCUGGCGCCCCGCGUCUCGAGCUGUCAGCGAAUAUGCACGGCUCGCUGAAGUUGGCGAUCGCGACGGAUGCGCUGCGCAUCUCGAGUGUCUGGUCGGACUUGGUGAAUCCGGCCUUGGACCCGGGGCAGCUGUCGCAGAGCCAGAUCGAGCAGCUGCCGAGUGAGCGCAUGCGAGGACUGGGCGAGAACGACGAGGCCGGGUGGGCGAAGGUGAGGAUUGAUGGGAAGGACUGGGGCCGCGUGCUGAGUGUGGGUCGGCUGAGUCCGAAGGUGGUUGCUUGUUUUAUACAUGAGACGGCGCUGGUGCUCUACGUCUAUCUGCCCAGUAGCUGGAAUGGAGAAGACUCCUGUCUGACGUACUAUAUCAAUUCUUACUCGACUUGA